ACGUCGUGACGUCAUGACGCGAUCACGCAGCCAGAAGUCACAUGAAAACGUUGCACAGCAAAUAUUUUAAAGUGCCGCUUUUCUGCCUGUUUGCGGUGGGAAAUUUGUGCAGUUAAAACCCUGUGCUAAACUGAAAUCUACAAGAAAACCCUCGAGUUAAAACAUGGACGAGGACGGGCUGCCAAUUGUGGGCUCUGGAGUUGAUCUCACCAAGGUUCCUGCUAUACAACAGAGAAGAAUCAUUGCCUAUCUCAAUCAGUUUGUGGCGCACACUGUUCGGUUCCUCAACCGGUUUUCCACGGUUUGUGAAGAGAAACUUGCAACCAUAUCUCUCCGCAUACAACAGAUUGAAACCACCCUGUGCAUUUUGGAGGCUAAGUUGUCUUCCAUUCCUGGCCUGGAGGACGUCACGGUAGAUGGACUCAGUCAGCAGGCGACUACACAGACCAAUGGGCCCGUUAGCUCCACCAGUCAGAGCCAAACAGGGGGUCCAGCAGCAGGGACACAUCCAGAGCCCGCUCAGAGUAGUGCACCAGAAGCUGAACCGACGCCAAAAGCAGAAGCACCUGCAGAGAAUGUCAUGACGGUGGCCAAGGACCCGCGUUAUGCCCGAUACCUAAAAAUGGUUCAAGUGGGCGUUCCAGUCAUGGCCAUUAAGAAUAAAAUGAUCAUGGACGGCUUGGAUCCGAACUUGCUUGACACACCCGAUGCCUCUGUGCCUGAUCAAGGAACAAGGGCCACGGAAGAUGUUGCUGCCAACAGCUCUGACAGUGAAUCGUCUUUCAGUGAUUGACACCUUUUUUUGUUUGUUUGUUUGUUUUUGUUUUUCCUCCUCACCGCAAAGCUACCAACCUGAGCUUUUUGAGACAUGUGGUUUGCUUCGCAGGGUGCCUGUGAAGGAGCACUAGUGAAUUGUAAAACGGUUGUUACUGAUCAGUGAGUGACCUGGAUUUUGAUACGUCGUUAACAUUUUUAAUGAAUGAGUAUUGUUUUCAAAAAAGAGCGGAUAAUGUCUCCUCUUUAAAGUCCUCAGAAGGCGACAGUAGCAGGUUCUACAAAACCAAAUCAUGUCAUAUUGUAGUUAAGAGGUCUUAUGUGACACUACUAUUACAGUCUAAUGCCUUUAAUGGAUACCCUCUGUCUGUUCUUGUUAUAGAAGAAAUAAAAUGGAUAAAAUAUGCUCUGAAUGUUUAGCUGGUGGGGUAUGCACGUGACGUCACAGCAAGCGGACGUCUCCAUGGUUACGGCCAUUGAAUGGCAAAAAGUGACAGUUGAUUAGUUUGAACCAUAGCGUCUAAAUUGUGAAAUAAAAAUAAAUAAAUAAAAGGCAUAGAGCUAUUCUGCGAUUGACUGAACCAACAGAUUUGAAACGGAGCCAGAGAUGUAUUUUUAUAGAUAUGUCUUGACUGCCGAAGAAAAUCGAUUGAUGUAUUAAGAAGAAACAACUGGAAUCCAGACACAGAAACCUGGUGUUGGGGUUCAUAUUUAAAAACGGGGUAUUUGCGAUCACUCCUCUUCAUCUUUUUAACAUCUGGUCGGACGCUACAGUAUUUUAUGGCUAACGUUACUUCUCAGUAAAGCUCUUAGCGUUAGCAUCUUUUCUUUAGCUACAUUUAUCAUAGCUGAAAUUAACUAAAACUAACCGAAACGGAGGCCAGUCCACUUAACCAAAUCCAUACUAGUUCGUAUGGAUAAUUGUCGAGUUCAGUUGUCCUUAAUUUUAUCUGAAAAUCCACAUUUUUCCCAGUCUCGAUGUAUUUACCGAUACAUUUCACUGUGUUUUUACUACCCAAGGGGGCGUGGCCGGAGGCGGAAGUGACGUCAGCGCAUACCCUCUAUAAUAGCGUAAUCUGAUUUAUGAAUCUUUCCCAGAACACUUGAAAUGUAUGUCUGAACAUCUUAACAAAAAUCCUGACAGAAAUAAAACUUAUCUGUCAUUACUAGAUGCUGUGGCUUCAGAAUGUGAUUGUAUUAUAACAUGCAUUUAAUUUAAUGUGUCUUUCAUUGCUUUUUAUUUCCAGGCUUAAAACUAUGACCUGUUUUAGAUUUUUCAAAUGUAUUAACCAUUUAAAAAAUUAAAUAUGUGUAUCAUAUGUAAUUACUAAGAGACAAAAGGUGAACUGGAUUAUAUUUGUAACAUUUUUUCAUUGAAGUGUCUCUUUAUUUCAUCAUAUCUGCGGUUACGUAGAUGGAAAACAUGUAAACUGGAGUUGUUUUUGUCUCGAUGGUGACGGACAAACUUGUGGGUACAUGUCUGAAAGUGAAGACUAGCUCUCAAUCAGCACGCACACAGACUCCAGAAGAAUAAAGUCAUUCAUUCUCAAUCUAA